GGCUUUCAACCCCAGUGCACAGCCCAGCUUGCCAGAUUCAGCCACUCAACUCCAAGCCCGGGAAGGCCACCAGCCUGGCCUGCGGGCUGAAGAGAGAAAGAAAACAACGUGGUCCACAUUUAACAAAGAAAUGUGCGCACUGGAAGGCGGGCGGGGAGCUCCCUGCUUGCUUGCAAGCGAACUUUCCUGAUCUCCCUGCCGAACUCCUGAGGGACAAAUAUACCUGACAAGAGCCAUGGCUUUCCAAGUAUCCCGACGAUAUCAGAAAAUAUUCUUCUCCAUUGUACUUUUGCUAGAUUGUCUGCCUUGCAAAGUGCUUGGUGAAACCGGAGACUGUAGACAGCAGGAAUUCCGGGAUCGUUCUGGAAAUUGUGUCCUCUGCAGACAGUGUGGGCCAGGCAUGGAGUUAUCUAAGGAAUGUGGCUUCGGCUAUGGGGAGGAUGCACAGUGUGUGACGUGCCGGCCUCACAGGUUCAAGGAGGGCUGGGGCUUCCAGAAAUGCAGGCCAUGUCUGGACUGUGCCCUGGUGAACCGAUUUCAGAAAGCCAACUGUUCCAUCACCAGUGACGCCAUCUGCGGAGACUGCUUGCCGGGAUUUUAUAGGAAGACGAAACUUGUUGGUUUUCAAGAUAUGGAGUGUGUGCCCUGCGGCGACCCUCCUCCUCCUUAUGAGCCCCACUGUACCAGCAAGGUCAACCUUGUGAAAAUCGCGUCCACAGCCUCCAGCCCUCGAGACACAGCCCUGGCUGCGGUGAUCUGUAGUGCUCUGGCCACAGUGCUCCUGGCCCUCCUCAUCCUCUGUGUCAUCUACUGCAAGAGACAGUUCAUGGAGAAAAAGCCUAGCUGGUCUCUGCGAUCACAAGAUAUUCAAUAUAAUGGUUCUGAGUUGUCGUGUUUUGACAGACCACAACUGAGCAACUAUGGGCACAGAACUUGCUGUCAGUGCCACCAGGACUCAGCCCAGACCUUCGGGCCUGUUCACCUGAUCCCCUCCCUGUGCGGUGAGGAAGCCUGUGGUAGUCCCUGUGCGGCUCUUGGUUGUGGGGUACAUUCGAAGGCCACCCCUCCCGAGAGAAGCACGGCCCCUCUGGGGGAGACGAUGCCGGUGCUCUUUGGGACCCUUUCCCGGUCCACGUGUGGUGAGUUUUCCGACGCUUGGCCCCUGAUGCAGACUUCCAUGGGCAGCGAUGACAUCUCCUUGUGUGACUCCUACCCUGAAAUGACUGGAGAAUGUGGUCCCCUCGACCCAGACAAUGAGAACUCAACAUCUUUGGAUUCAAACAGUGGUCAAGAGGUGGUUGGGGGAGCUGUUCCCCUUUCAGCUCAUUCUGGAAGCUCCUCGGGACCUACUGAAUUCUCCAGAUACAAGGAUACAACAAUGAAUUCCAUACCAAUUCAGGAUACACUGACUGCUCGAUGCCAGCUCAGCCAAGAGGCUGGUGACACCGGGCAGAUAACUACCCUGCCAUCCUGUCAGGAAGCUUGAGGUAGCCUUCAUGCUGUGUGCAAGUUAAAUGCCUGCACUGAAGGACAUACUCCAUGUGUGGCUUACACUGAGCCAGCUGGACCCCGUGUGGCUCCUACGAGGGAAAAAUAAAUCAGAACCAAACUGAUGACAUUUUAAGCCUUUCAACCAGUUGCUUCUGAGCCAGACCAGUUGUAAGCUGAAACUUCAACAAAAAGCAAGAACAGACUCCAGGCUGAUUUGUAAUCCUUCUCCAAACCAGAAGUCACAUGAUCAACUUCAAAGACUAAUAAGAUAGAUUGUCCAGCCUAGGCGAUUACAAGUACCAAGACACAACCCGGUGUUCCAGCUUGUUCUCAUGGUAAAUGAGUUCCAAGUACGGGCAGACCACAGCAUCUACAUUCACGGACAUUUUCUUUCCAGAAAUAACCUCUGAUUGCCUAUUCACCUACCACAAGUCCAUGACAGAUUCCAUACCUUAGUUUUUAAUGUGUCGUGGAGUCAAAGGUGAAAUUUCGAUUGGACAAGAUUCUGACAAGCUAUACCUUGAACUUUGAUCAGAUGAAGUUCUCUAACCUAAGCAGGAAUCAGAGGAGAGCGCUGUCAGCCUCUGCCUCAUGAACACCUGCUGGUGGUAGGAGAACGGACCUGGGUACCAGAAUGUAAGAAUGUGGCGGGAAAGGGUGACCCCGAUGUGAAAAGCAUGUAACACACAGGUUGUAGACAUACAAGUGAACAUGUUCCUGUGAGAGUCUUUUACAGCAAGGAGAUAUUUAUAAACGUAGUGAUCUUUCAUUUGCAUUGCAUCUUUAUACUAAAGGCUUUGGGGAUUUCAGCAUAUGGGAAGUACCCUACUGGGGUAGUCUUCAUUGAGAAUGCACUGUGGAUGAGAGCCGGAGGAUAAGCCCACACUCUGGGGGCUGUUCGAGAGAACACUACCCUGGUUUGGUGGCAUUUGACUGGGACAUCUUUCAAACAUUGUAAGUUUACUCUGAAGAGUCUCCUAUUUUAGCCCAGUAAUGGUGGAUAUCAGAGUUUGGGGUUCACCAGGCAUCAGUGGCUCAGGUCUGUAAUCCUGGCUAUGCAGGAGCCUGAGAUCUAAGGAUCAAUGUUUGAGGCUAGCCUGAACAGGAAA